UCGCGCCCUGUGCCCCACCCAGGCUGCGGCCGCGCGGGGAGGAAGCGCGUAAAGGUUGAGUGCAAAGUUUCCCUUUCUGCUUUCUCGUCAGAGCAGCCCCAACCGGCGGUGGGCUGCAAUGCCGAACUUCAGUUUGUAGGGGCUCCGGAGCCGAAGGGGUUAAAGCAAGCGACUCCCUCCCCCCACCCCGCCGCCUCCUUCACAAGUCCGGCCGGCCAGCCAUGGGCGGCCGCGAUCACCUGUUCAAAGUGCUGGUGGUGGGGGACGCCGCGGUGGGCAAGACGUCGCUCGUGCAGCGAUACUCCCAGGACAGCUUCAGCAAACACUACAAGUCCACGGUGGGAGUGGAUUUUGCUCUGAAGGUUCUCCAGUGGUCUGACUCAGAGAUGGUGCGGCUCCAGCUGUGGGAUAUUGCAGGGCAGGAGCGCUUCACCUCCAUGACUCGACUGUACUAUCGGGAUGCGUCAGCCUGCGUUAUUAUGUUUGAUGUUACCAACGCCACGACCUUCAGCAAUAGCCAGAGGUGGAAGCAGGACUUGGACAGCAAGCUCACCCUGCCUAAUGGAGAGCCUGUGCCCUGCCUGCUCUUGGCCAACAAAUGUGACCUGUCCCCUUGGGCAGUGAGCCGAGACCAGGUUGACCGGUUCAGUAAAGAGAAUGGUUUCACGGGUUGGACAGAAACAUCAGUCAAGGAGAACAAAAAUAUUAAUGAGGCCAUGAGAGUCCUCAUUGAAAAGAUGAUGAGCAAUUCCAGAGAAGAUAUGUCUUUAUCCACCCAAGGGGACUAUAUCAAUCUACAGACCAAGCCCUCCUCCAGCUGGGCCUGCUGCUAAUAGUGUCUGGCUUGUUUUCCCUCCUAUGUUUAGGAGGUCUUUUCAUCUCUUCCCUUCGGAUGCCCACCCAGCAAUCUUAUUAAUCUUAUUAAGUACGUUUGGACUGUCUCUUGCCAGUUAUCCAGGAAGGAGGACCAUCGCCACUAAGGAGAGACCUGGGACUCGUGUGCCUUUCUGCAUCUCGCAGGUUCCUACUUGCUGCCGGCUCCCAUGGCUCAGUACCUUCUGUAUAAGAAAAAUCACCUUAUCCCUCAUUUUGUGACCCAGGAUUUUGUGGGGAGCAUUAGAAAUCAGCACCUGUAUUGUAAGGAUCCUAAUUGCCACCUGUUUUCGCGUUUCUUUUUCCAUCUGACGGAUGUGGAUAUCUCAGUCUGAUCUGACUUCAGAUUUCGAGGAAAAUGAGAGCAAAGGGCAUUUCCCAAAUUCAUCAUAGGUUAUUGCUUUCA